ACUAUAUAAAUGUCUGUUCCGGGACCCAAUAUCAUCAUACUAUCUCCCAUUUAACAAUGAAACUCCUGCUGCUGGUCUCGCUGGUGGGCUCGGUGCUGGCUAAGGAGCCGAUCGGGCUCUACUACCACGAGAACGUGGGCAUCCCUCUGGCGGCCGCCAUCAAGAGGAGCGAGGAGGCGGGCGACUUCGACGGUUCCAGAAUCACUGGUGGCUGGACCGCGGCUCUCGGCGACCACCCUCAUUUCGGUGGAUUGUUGAUUACACUGCAAUCAGGAGCUAUCUCUCUGUGCGGCUCCACGCUCCUCUCCAACACCAGAGCGCUCACCGCCGCCCACUGCUGGACCGACGGGCAGCAGACUGCCAGUGAGCUGACUAUCGUACUGGGAUCCCUGCUGCUGUUCUCUGGAGGAACUCGCGUCACCUCCUCUUCCGUAACUGUUCACGAAAACUACAAUUCAAGUAACAUCAACAACGACAUCGCCAUCAUCAACUUGAAUUGGGUCGCAUACACCAACUACAUUCAGCCUGUGAGUCUACCCACCACUCUGGCUAACGAGAAUUUUGUUGACCAGUGGUCAUGGACUGUUGGCUUCGGAGCUACAGGUGAAGACAGCCCCAUAACACAGAACCAAUUCCUGAGCCAUGCGCAGCUGCAAGUGAUCACCAACGAGGAGUGCGUCUCUGUCUACGGCUCUGACGUAGUGGUGAGCUCUACCAUCUGCGUGAGCGGCGCCGACGGCCGCAACGUGUGCGCCGGCGACUCCGGCGGCCCGCUGUGGGUGUGGAAUGGCCUCCAACGGACUCUGAUCGGUGUGACGUCUUUCACUGCGGCCGCCGGCUGCCAGCGCGGUUUCCCCACCGGCUUUGCCCGCAUCACAUCCUUCCUAUCCUGGAUACAAAACAGAUUGUGAAUGUAUGCCUGUCAAAAUAUGACAUGUUAAUAAAGUCAUUAUUAUACAUAUUUAUUAUUUCUAUUUA